AUAGCUUGCCAAGUGCUUUUGGUUUGACAUGCUGAGUAUGUGACAAAAGGCGAGCAAAAGUUUAGAGUAGAAGCUGGAGGUAUGUCACAAGUUGAGCACGCAGAAGCAUAUGAUAAAAGCGACAUUAAAGCUAUUAACAUCCGCAAGAGAUGCCCAAUAAUUCGGCCCAUUUGCGGCAGUAGGGAGUGGGGAAAUGACUUUGUUCGCUUAGCAGCGAUGCAGCCAAAAUUGGGGCUGGAAACGGCGGCGUCCAUUUCGGAUCAUGACCGAUUAGGGCUAAGAAAUAUUUUAUUUAGGGAUGUUUUUUUAUAAAUUUCUAUAACUACUAAAUUUCAACUUAGUAAUCAGGAGGCGUAGGUGUUCCGUGUUAGAUGAUGGCUACGUUGGUCGUUGUCACUUACCUUCACGUCUUGAAUUAAUGAUUUUAUCAAAUAAAGUAUGCUCAUAUUAAGAAUCCGGUGGCGAAAUCAUCUGCAGCCUCACUAUAUUAAAAGUUCUUGCUUGGCUAUCACACAGCCAGCCGGCCACUACGAAUAUAUUCAUCGAUCCAGG